AUGCUCGGAUGGUUUACGUCAUUCCGAGAACAUGGAGCGCCGACAUUUUAUGGAGAGAAUCGUACACCGGUAAUGCUUGACACUCACAUCGUCGGGCUAUUCUCAAUUUUCGUCGUACCGUCGAUUACAUUCCUCAUCAUUCUUCCUGGUGUACGUAAGAAACGUCUCUCAUCGGCGUGUUCCUUCUUGUUUAGCAUGUACGUCGGAGCGACGUUAUUAGUGUCGUUAUACCAUCCGUGUUGGCAUCGUGCUGAAACUCCGAUAUCGACUGCUUAUAAAUCGUUUUCGAACGCUAAAAUUGAUGCACAUAUUUUGGUACGAGUUGGACUUCAGUACCUGAAUAUUUCUUUAAGCACGAACUUUCCUCACGAAAGUUCCACCGUUGUUGCCAGCGACGAGCUGCUCUACAAUGAAAGAUUCAGUUUCUCUGAAGUAAAUAAAAUGGAAAAGGAAUUGUCGAAUGCGUUGAGAAAAGGGUUACCUUUUCCGAUUCUCAAGGUGAUCGAAUACCUUUCUGGUGAUGGCUUUGCCUGGGGACGACAAUACCGUGUGGCUGGCUACUAUACAGCUUCAAUGUUAUGGUUAUCAUUCUUCACAUGGAUAUUUGCCCUCGUGUGUCUUGCUUUUCUUCCCCAUUACUUCGCUCGAUGUAUAUUUUACACAGGAGCAUUCAUGGGAGUGGGUGAUAUGAUCUUUGUGUUGAAUAUACCACGCCAGAUGUACAUUCGUUUUCCGGCACAACAUAGCGACACACUGUUGAAGUUUCGCAUGUCAAUUUGUUUCCAUGCUACGUGCUUGGCCGCAAUUCUAUGUCUCCUCGUCGGUGGUGUGUUAUGGAUUCUGGAGUCAAAAAACAUUUAUCACUUCGACACGAUCUUCUCGGCACGUCGUCAUGCCGAAGGUAGCGUGGUUGACAUCUAUCGAGACGAUGAGAGCAUGACGACAAUGCUGAGCCUUGAGAGUCGUCUCAGUGGAAACUGUCUACCGAUACGGCCGUCGUCAAAAACUCGGUGCUCCUCGAUCGCUUCCGACAUUUUCUUUCAGUCAAGUCCUUACCAUAAG